AUGGCAAACAUCGACUUUAGCAUCGACGAGACAGACCCCGAUGUGACGGCAGCAUGCGGCAACUUCUCUGUCUUGAAAGCCCAUCGGACGCUUCAAGAGUAUUUGGAGGCUUGCGAAGAUACCCCCGGAGCUCUUCUAUGUACGGUCGCACGUAUUGACCUUAUGCUGUCUCCGCACAAUAAGGAGAGCAGGGAAAAAGAGGCGAAGGCGGAGUACGAACAUCGAAUGUUUUACCAGAAGCUCUUGGAUCUAGUGUGCAAGAUCCCCUACUCCCACCCAGCACAGGCACACUUGGUCUCCUUACUGGGUCAGCUAUCAAAAUCGAGGAGUCUGAACUCACAUAAGGAGUGUUUUGUAUUCUCCUAUCAUCCUGAUUCUCAGACAGAGGAAGCUUACAUCCGCCAGUGUGCAUUUAUGGCCCGGCUAUCAAGUGCUGGAAUCAUCCAAGGCUUCCACACGUCUUUGCGGAAUCUCCGAACAAGCUUGGAAUUUGACUGGAGCAAAGACGAUCACCACAAUAUGAGAGUCGCGGGAAGUACCAUGUGGAUUCUUUUCGCUGGUCAGUUUCUAUUUCAAAACAUGGUUCAUUCCCGUGCAUGUGUCGAUGAAGUGUCUUUGGAGCUUGGAGAACUCUACACUGGGCCUGUCAUGGGUUUAGACCGUUGGUGCUUCUGGCGAAAAGCCUUCGAUUCUGCCAGAGAAUGUACUCAAUUCAGUGAUGACACGAAAGCUCUCGUAGGGAAGACGAUUGAUUUGAUGGAUGCUAUCGAACGUGCGAACACUUGA